UCUAAUUAUUUUCUAGUCUAGUACGCCGCUUGAUAUCUUAGUUUAUAAAACUGUGUGUAUUUACAAAAUGUCAUUUGAAUUUGUAAAAGAAAUGUUCAGAAUGAAAAUGGACUUUAUCAGAAUUACAUUGUUUUUAUUUUAUUUGCAAUGUGUUGCGGCUAAUCGUGAAAAUGAGGAUUUUAGAAACAGGAUACUUCAAAUAGAAAGUCGCUUUAGAGCUUUGAAACAGACCAUUAUUGACAUAAAAUCCAGGGUGAAUAAUGCAGACCAUGGCUUGGACGAAAGCAAAAAGUCGUUGGAGAAAACUUUUUCUAACUUAACCAUUAAGUUCGAAGAACAUUUUCAACAUGUAAAAGACAAGUUCAAUAAGCAUUAUACAAAGAGAGAACGGAAGAAAUUAAAUAAAAUGUUAAGCGAUCAGGCAGAUAUUGUCAGAAGCCUUGUUGAAGUUAAAAAUGAACAUACAACAGGGUUGCGGCACGAUGAAACGAUAGAAGAUAGCUAUGGCAAUCGAACAGAUGACACAAGUUUGAACUAUGACGAUAUUUUUGACUACGGGGUCGUAUUUAGGGCGUCGGUGACAACAAAGACAAGUUUCGGGGAAGGAGAGGAAACCAUAGUCUUCUCAAAAAUUGAUUACAACAUGGGUCAAGGUUACGAUUCAGACACUGGCAUCUUCAUAGCACCGAGAAAAGGAACUUAUAUAUUUACGACUCAACUUUAUGUAAAAUACACCUAUUGGAUAGAUGUUGGAUUGACUGUGAACCAUGACUAUAUUGCCCUGGCGGCGUUUGCACCUGGAAACAAUGGCUGUUUCAAUGUCAAGGCCAUAGCAAAGAUAGAAAAAGGUGAUUCUGUGCGAGUUGUACAUAUUUCAUCAAUGCGUGAAGGUCAGUUGGAUCAGUUUAGUAGUUCAAACUCAUUUUCAGGUGUGAUGAUACGCUAAUUGUGUGUAUGUGUGUGUUAUUUGUUUGUAUCUAUGAGGUGACUGUAGAUAUCUUUGGAGUUUCGUAAAACAAACUUGAAAGUAAAUUUUGUUUCUUUUAAAAGACAAUGAUGUAGAAGGUGUUGUGUUGGAAUGCAAGCUUUAAAGUAAACAAGCUCUAUGAAUGCUU